AUGUAUAAACUGUCUCAUCAUGUGGAACAAAUGGUUUUCCCAUUGCUUUUUCCAUCAGGUGAUCCUGGUUAUUCCCUAAACGUACCAAAUAAUGCAGGAUCAAGUCGUUUUACUGCUGUACAGUAUUUUGGAUGGCGGUUGCGAGUGCUUAGAGACUUUAACAUUUUCGCCUCUGCUGGUCGUUUAUCCCAGCAAUUUAUUCUACAUGGUUGCAUUACUAUGGAGUGGAACAGGCUGAAUUAUAUCAAAAGUCAUCAGAAUUUAUUUCGGAGAGAAACACUUCAAGGGCUGAUUGAUCAUGUGCAGUAUAGUUCUGCCAAUACUUCAGACUUUGUACGACUUGGGCGAGCUGUCGUUCUUCCAUCAUCAUUUGUUGGCAGUCCGAGAGCAAUGCAGCAGCAUUUCCAAGAUUGUAUGGCUCUCUCAAGAGAUGUCAGACGACCUGAUUUGUUUGUAACUUUCACAGCAAAUCCACAGUGGCCAGAAAUUACAGAAUACUUGAGUCAACUUCCAACAGGAUUCACUGCAAGUGACAUUCCACAUGUUGUUGUACGAGCAUUCUAUUGCAGAUUUGAGGAGUUUGUGAAAGAGAUAGCUGCAGGAAAGGUUUUUGGCAAAGUAAUGGGCUAUACUUUUAGUAUUGAAUUUCAAAAGAGAGGUCUCCCACAUGCCCAUUGUUUAUUCAUUCUCAACCCACGUGACAAAUUGCUGACCCCAUCAUCAAUUGAUAGAUUUAUCUGUGCUGAAAUACCUCCAAAAGAUAAUUUUCCAAAUCUGCAUCAAAAAGUGUCCAAACAUAUGUUACAUGGCCCACAUAGUGAAGCAACUCCAUGUUAUGACAAAACAAGUGGCAUCUGUACAAAAAAAUUUCCUUUCGCUUUUCGAGAAGAAACGGAUAUGUCUGGUGAUGGUUUUCCUUUAUAUAGACGUAGAGAUAACAGGAGUGAUAUGCAUUUCUAUAACAAACGUAUUGGAAACUUGCUAAUUCCUAUCGAUAAUUCGAUGGUUGUUCCCUACAAUGCCUAUCUCCUUCUGAAAUACAAUUGUCAUAUCAAUGUGGAGUACUGUGGAAGUGUAAUGGCGUACAAAUACAUUUUUAAAUAUGUUAACAAUGAAUCAAGGUGA